UCCAUCUCUCCCCCACGACCUUUCGAAUCGUCCAUCUCACACCCAUUCUCCUUCUACAUCCCAUCUCACUCUUAUUUCUCGCCCGUCAUCAUGAAGACGGCGAUUCUUCUCGCAGCGGCCAGCUCGGCCUCUGCUGCUGUCUACAAGAUGCCGCUCAAGAAGGUCUCGCUUUCUGAGCAGCUGGAACAUGCCAACGUUCAGACCCAACUCGCUGGCUUGAAGCACAAGUACUCUCAGCAGCGCGUGGCAAACCUCAGGCCUCAGUCUCAGUUGGAGGCUGCCCUCACGGCGCCCCACAUUACCGACGGAUCGCACCCUGUGCCUGUCAGCAACUAUUUGAACGCGCAGUACUUUUCCGAGAUCUCACUCGGCACACCUCCUCAGUCGUUCAAGGUUAUCCUUGACACGGGCAGCUCUAACCUCUGGGUUCCAUCGACUCAGUGCACCUCGAUCGCUUGCUUUCUUCACGACAAGUACGAUUCGUCUAGCUCAUCUACAUACCAGAAGAACGGUUCGGACUUCGAGAUUCGCUACGGAUCGGGUUCUAUGAAAGGAUUCGUCUCCAACGAUGUUUUGCAGAUCGGCGACUUGAAGGUAAAGAACCAGGACUUUGCCGAAGCUACCUCUGAGCCUGGUCUCGCUUUUGCCUUUGGCAAGUUCGAUGGCAUCCUGGGUCUUGGCUACGACACCAUCAGUGUCAAUCACAUAGUGCCACCCUUUUAUAACAUGAUCAAUCAAGGCCUUCUUGAUGAACCUGUUUUUGCCUUCUACCUUGGCGACGUCGCCGACAAGCAGGGGUCCGAGGCCACCUUUGGCGGCAUCGACGAGAGCCACUACACGGGCAAGUUGAUCAAGCUUCCUUUGAGGCGCAAGGCCUACUGGGAGGUUGAUCUCGAUGCCAUCACCUUCGGCAAAGAGACUGCUGAGACGGAAAACGUGGGUGUCAUUCUGGACACUGGCACAUCUCUGAUUGCUCUCCCCUCGGCUAUGGCUGAGCUUCUCAACAAGGAGAUUGGCGCUAAGAAGGGCUUCAACGGCCAGUACUCGGUCGAGUGCGACAAGCGCGACAGUCUGCCCGACCUUACUUUCACGCUUACUGGACACAACUUCACCAUUAGCGCCUAUGACUACAUUCUUGAGAUCUCGGGAUCUUGCAUCUCUGCUUUGAUGGGUAUGGACAUUCCCGAGCCUGCCGGACCUCUUGCCAUUCUCGGCGACGCUUUCCUCAGGAAGUGGUACUCUGUAUACGACCUGGGCAACUCCGCUGUCGCUCUUGCAAAGUCCAAGUAAACAUCUAGCCCUGGACAGGAUGGCCAAGAGGCAAACGAAAUGGCAUGAGAAGCAAUGUUGAUCAAGUGAUUGGAGUUUGGCUGAAAUUGGGCUUUGUUUGAAAGGGUCUGGGAGGUAUUUCUUUGGCUCGGCAUGGCAAUACGGUCUGUGUACGAAUAAUAACAAAUGCGAUAACAAGUCAAGUAACUCGGCGUUGAUUGCAGCGUUAUGU